AAGUAUCAUGGGUGUAGCAACAUGGCUGCUCCGCAUUCCUUAGACAAUGUGGUUGACGAAAUUCCGCUUUUCCUCGCCUCGGCUUCCUCUGAAUGCUGAGUGGAACAUAACUGUAAACAGAACACUGAAUGUAAAUGUUGUUCCUUAGCAGGGAGUAUUUAGUAAUAUUUUAAGGUCACUAGUGGAUGAAGGUGCCCUGUAUCUUUGCUUGCGUUAUCUAGGUGGGCCCAGUGAGGCGCCAGGGAAAAGCGCGGGGUGCGUAGCGAAAGCUCCGAUCUCCCUAGUGGGAAAGUGGCUAGAGCCAUAUAGGGUAACUGGAACAGGCGCUGGUUGGAGACGAAGAGCGGUGGUGGGGGAUGUCUGCUUUCUCAGAGGCGGCUUUGGAGAAGAAGCUAUCGGAGCUGAGUAACUCCCAGCAAAGCGUGCAGACCCUGUCCCUGUGGCUCAUCCACCAUAGAAAACACUCACGGGUCAUCGUCACCGUGUGGGACAGGGAGCUGCGGAAAGCAAAGCCAAAUAGAAAGCUCACUUUCCUGUACCUGGCAAACGACGUAAUUCAGAACAGCAAAAGGAAAGGACCUGAAUUCACGAAAGACUUUGCACCUGUUAUUGCUGAUGCAUUCAAACAUGUUUCCAGUGAGACAGAUGAAAGUUGCAAGAAGCACUUGGGAAGAGUCCUAUCUAUUUGGGAAGAAAGGGCUGUGUAUGAAAACGAUGUGCUGGAACAGCUUAAGAUAGCUUUAUAUGGUGAGAAGAAACCAAAGAAGCGCCCCUAUCAAGAAGUUAAGGUUGCAGAGGAGGAGGAGGAGGAUGAAGAGGAUGAUGAUGAUUGUUCUGAAAAAAACUCACCUGAGGAACCUCCACAGACAUCGGAUCUCAUCCGUGCAUUGCAAGAACUUGAAAACGCUGCUUCUGGGGAUGCAGCAGUGCAUCAGAGAAUAAGCUCAUUACCAGUAGAGGUCCAAGAUGUGUCUCUUCUUGACAAGAUUACCGAUAAGAACUCUGGUGAUCGGCUUUCAAAGAUGGUAGAUGAUGCCUGUAUGUUGUUAGCAGACUAUAACGGCAGGUUGGCUGCAGAGAUAGAUGAUCGGAAACAACUAACCCGAAUGCUGUCAGACUUUUUGCGAAGUCAAAAAGAGGUCCUUGAUGAGAAAGAACAGCAGCUGGAUGAAUACAAACGUAAGUUGGCAAGAGUAUCCCAAGUAAGGAAAGAACUUCGACUACGUCUGCAGAGCCUACCUGAUCUGUCUCGCCUUCCCAAUGUCACAGGAAGUCAUGUCCGUUUGCCCUACAGUGGAGAUAUUUAUAGUGAUGAUUGACCAAAUGGACCUAGGUCCUAUUUUCUGAUGGCUGCUUUGGUCUUGGAUUAAAUAAGUCGAUUAUUAUUAUUUUUGUAUAUUGUUGACAGUGUAGCAGGAAAUUAAAUAAAUAAUUUCUAACGUGUUUUAGGGUUACUGCUUGUCUUGAAACCUACAUGAAAGGCACCUGACACUGAAUUGUAUGUAAUAACAUGUGUUUCAGUGUUUUUAAAAUAAACCAUCAGGUAGAUUCUGAAGAAGGGAAAGCAAGUGAAAGGCACACAAGAAAACAAAGUAAAUAAUUACUACAAUGGCACUACAAUUCCCUUUACUUUGUAGUUCACCUCCUUACUCUUGCUUUUUGCCCAUUCCUUCAGUCACUAACAAAGAUGAUAAAAUGCAUUUAUCCGUAACAACCAAUCAGAUCUCUGCUUUCAUUACCUAAUGUGCAGUAAUGCACAUAUUAGUUUACCUAUUAUUAAAUGAGCCCUAGUCUCUUAAAUAAGCACUAAAUGAGGUAAAUUUUAAAAAAAACAAAUCUGUGUCUGAUAAAUGAUCUAUAACAUUUUCUAAAUGCUUUUAUUAAAGGCAGGGAAGCGAUGGCAUAUCAGCUCCAAUACUGAAGAAACCCAGUACCACUCAACAAUUCCUUAAUGAAACAAUUUAUCAGCAUAGAUGUAAAAACUGUAAAUAGUAUUUGAAUAAACAACAAUUUGAGAGGUUAGAUUACCAUUGCACAGAUAAUUCUUCUGCAUACUGGACUCCUGCUAACAAAACAAGGGGUGAUAUACUGUGCUGUAACCACAGGUUCCCUGUUUAGCUCAAGAAUAGCAAAAAAGAAAAAACAUGCAUUUUUAUGGUUAAGACAACAAACAAAAAAGUUCAGCCAAAGUCCUAUUCAUUGAAUAUGCUGAAUAAGUGAUAGUCUGCCCCUUUAAUUGGAAAAUCUUUCUUUGAAUUCUUAGUUAUCAUCAAAUUACAAGUGUUAUUUGGGGAAUGUACUUACUGGCUACCUAUGUUGACUGAAUACAGCACCUGGUUUGUGGUGGUUUGUUAAACACAUUGUAAGCAUCUUGGAAACUGUUUCUUUAAUCCACACUACUACUUGUUUUAGGUUAAAUUCUGUCAAAAUGUUAGUCAAACACUAUUUGUAUAUGAACAGAUCUACUUUGUUAACAAAUAGUUUGAGUCUAUAGAUUCAACAUUUAGAUGCAUAUGGAACUGUGUAAGGACACUUACAUUGUAGUUUAGCUCCUGAAAUUUCCAUUUUCAUACAGUUCCCUAAAAGCUAAAGCUCACCCACUAAAAUAAAACACAUUGCAACCCAUAUAGUGUAUAUAUAAAGAUGUGUACUUUGUUAAAAACUGUUGAGUCAUAGACUACUAAUGGCAGUAAUGGAUUAUAUAAUCUUGCAGUUCUGUGUUUGUAGAUGAAUAGGUUGUAGUGUAAUUUGGGGCCAAGUUAUUAUGAAAUUUGCAACUGCAAUUUAACCAAGCGUGAAUGAGUUUUAUGUUUUGCUUCAUAAUAUCUGUGUUUGAAUUGAUGAUGUUUGUACUCUGCAACUGAUGCAACUAGUUCAAUAGUUUUGCUUUACUGCAGACAGCAUAACAAUGAAAUGGAUUUAGUAUCAAAUGGUUGGGGCAAAACAGGGCAGUUGUGGUUUAUCAUGUUCUGUGCUAGACGCAGUAAAGAUUUGAUUCCAGGCUACAUUGUUAUUGUAUUUAAUGCUAGCAUAAUAGUCAUUGGGCUCUUAAUUGAAGCAGACACCAAUGCUUAAAGCAAAUAAAAAAAAAAUGGUUAUGAACAAUUUUCCUACAUUCAGCACUGGUGUCUGCUCCUGUGGACACAAACCCACAGUGUACAAUGAAAUCAAUUAAACCUGCAUUGCUGUAUAGUGGAAUACACUACAAGACUCUGCAUGACAAAGGUUGAAAAGCAUGUGGGUACAGAGCCAUAGAUUCUUGCCCAAUACAGCAUUCUUUCAAGUAAACCAGACCCAGUCUGAAUGAGGACCAUAAAAGGAACGCUACUAAUAUAGUCAUAAGAAAGUCAAAGUCCAUAUGAUUAGAAAUUGAACUCCAGUUUCAUUUGACAUACUUUCAAAGCAAUAACAUGAUAAUAUUUCAACCACCAAAAAUCCAAUUAAGUGCUCAAAUAGGUUUUUAAGCCUUUUGUAUUUAAUAUUUAUUGAGUUUAUUUUCUCGGGCAUAAAAAAACCUUUUAAUUUUAAAAGAGCUGACCAGGUUUUACAGCAGUCAUUCACCUGUAAGUUAAGUUCGUUUUUUAUAGAAUGGACUAUUCUUAGCAACUUUUUAAGUGGUCUUCAUCUGUAUCUUUUAUAGGUCUUGAAUUGUCAGAUGGGCCCCAGCAGCUAAAAAAGCUCUGCUCUGUGAAGCUACACUUUUAUUAUUAUUGUUACUUUUUAUUACUUAUCUUUCUAUUCUGGCCCUUUCCUAUUCAUCUUCCAGCCUCUCACCAGAUAGUUGCUGAAAUUCCAAACUGGAGAGUUGCUGGACAAAAAGGUAAAUAAGGUAAAAACCCUAAAAAAAUGAAACACAGUUACAGUCAGCCUUAGAAUAUUAAUACAUCAUACUUAAAGUUCAUUUUAAUGUGAACCACCCCUUUAACAGUAAAUACAUUCUCAAAAGAGGGGAGAAAUAGGAAAAAUCUUAAUUUAAACAAAUGAAAGACGUUGUUGAGAAGAGGUUAAAAAAAUGAUAUAUAGUAAAACUUUGACCCUUAAGAGAAAAGCUAUUUUUGGUUGAGAAUGAGAAAAUUAAACCCCUAAUAAAUGAGUCUCUAAUGUAUUCAUGUUUAGGUUGUAUGUGCCAGUAAUGUGUUCAUACUGCUAUAUAAACAUCACAUUGGUCAACCAAACCAUUCAUGAGAACUGCCAUUUUGAUGUAGCCAAUACCUUUGCACACAGCUGUUGUCACAAUCCAAGUUAAACUACCUUGUGGAUCAAAAAUUCAAGAUUCAUUUCAGAUCAUCUGACAUGAGCCACAUUCAGUAUUGUUUAGAUAUUUGUAGUACUGUUUCAUGUUCCUGUAAAUGAAUACAAUGAAGACUUACAUUGAUGAUGAUGAUGUUGAAACUGUGUUGUUACAUUGAUUGCACAUUGUCAGUUGAAUAGGAGUUUUUUCUCAUAAACCUUUUAAUGGUUGGUCCACAACUGUAAGACCAACACAGUUAUCUUUGACUUCUGAGUAUUGAUACCAGUUUUUUUUGGUUAUUUUGUAUGAAGGAGUUUUAUUUUAUAGAACUGGUGAAAGAACUACAUCGUAACACCUAAUUUUAAGUAGCGUGAAUGUUGGAACCUAUUCAAUAAACUACCAACCAAUUA